GGACAGGGACCGGAAGGGCUCUGGGCCCCGUUAGGUGGAGGCCAACCCCAUGUCCUCCCUGCCCAGACGCUGAGCCCCCGGGAGCUCUGGCACUUGGUGCAUCAGUGCUACGGCUCAGAGCUGGGUCUCACCAGUGAGGAUGAGGACUAUGUCUGCCCCUUGCAGCUCAACGGUCUGGGGAGCCCCAAGGAAGUGGGAGACGUGAUUGCCCUGAGUGACAUCACCCCCUCGGGGGCAGCCGACAACAGCCAGGAGCCGAGCCCGGUGGGCUCGCGCCGUGGCCACAUCACCCCCAACCUUUCCCGGGCCAGCAGUGAUGCAGAUCAUGGGGCAGAGGAGGACAAGGAGGAGCAGACGGACAGCCAGCCAGACGCCUCCUCCAGCCAGACAGUGACCCCGGUGGCUGAACCCCCGAGCACUGAGCCGACCCCCCCUGAGGGGCCCACCUCCGUGGGCCCCUUGGACCUGCUGCGCAGUGAGGAACUGUUGACAGACACGAGUAACUCCUCUUCGUCCACGGGGGAGGAAGCUGACCUGGCCGCCCUGCUUCCUGACCUCUCCGGCCGGCUCCUCAUCAACUCCGUCUUCCACGUGGGUGCCGAGCGGCUGCAGCAGAUGCUCUUCUCAGACUCGCCCUUCCUGCAGGGCUUCCUGCAGCAGUGCAAGUUCACAGAUGUGACCUUGAGUCCCUGGAGUGGCGACAAGUGCCACCAGCGCCGAGUGCUGACGUACACGAUUCCCAUCAGCAACCCGCUGGGCCCCAAGAGCGCCUCCGUGGUGGAGACACAGACGCUGUUCCGGCGCGGCCCCCAGGCGGGCGGCUGUGUGGUGGACUCGGAGGUGCUGACCCAGGGCAUCCCCUACCAGGACUACUUCUACACGGCCCACCGCUACUGCAUCCUGGGUCUUGCCCGCAACAAGGCCCGUCUCCGGGUGUCUUCUGAGAUCCGCUACCGGAAACAGCCCUGGAGCCUUGUGAAGUCACUCAUCGAGAAGAACUCCUGGAGCGGCAUCGAAGAUUACUUCCACCACCUGGAGCGGGAGCUUGCCAAAGCGGAGAAGCUGUCCCUGGAGGAAGGCGGGAAGGAUGCCCGCGGACUGCUGUCAGGCCUGCGGAGACGCAAGCGGCCCCUGAGCUGGAGGGGGCACGGCGACGGGCCCCAGCACCCGGACCCGGACCCCUGCACCCGGGCUGGCAUGCACACCUCAGGUUCCCUCAGCUCGCGCUUCUCAGAACCGUCCGCCGACCAGGGCCCCGGGGCAGGCAUCCCCGGCGCCCUGGUUCUCAUCAGCGUGGUGAUCUGUGUGAGCCUCAUCGUCCUCAUCGCCCUCAAUGUCCUCCUCUUUUACCGCCUCUGGUCUUUGGAGAGGGCAGCCCACACCUUCGAGGCCUGGCACAGUCUGGCCCUGGCCAAGGGCAAGUUCCCGCAGACGGCCACGGAGUGGGCGGAGAUCCUUGCCCUGCAGAAGCAGUUCCACAGCGCGGAGGUGCACAAGUGGAGGCAGAUCCUGCGGGCGUCCGUGGAGCUCCUAGACGAGAUGAAGUUCUCGCUGGAGAAGCUGCAUCAAGGCAUCACGGUCUCAGACCCUCCCUUCGACUCCCAGCCACGGCCCGACGACAGCUUCUCCUGAGGACCCCCAGCCCUGUGGCCGACCCCCCUAACGGACAGAUGGACACAGAGCCUCGGCGGCCACCGCUGGCACGGUGUGAGCGCCGGGAGCCCCCCGCCCCCCCCCAGUGGCCCAGCUAGGGGCCACGCAGAAAUGGGGACCACAGAACCGAGAUGCACUUUAGACCAGCGUGUGCGAGUCCAGCUGCCAUCGCCUGCCCAGCCAGGGAGCUGGCCUGGCCUCGGCAGGCCCCCCGCUAACUUAUUUUGCCCAGCUGGGGCUGUGGGGGCGCCUCUGGGGUGCACGAUUCCCUCAGCUCUGGGUUUAAUGUAUUAUAUUUAUUUGGGGCCAACAGAGAGCCCCAAUAAAGGGUUGGAAAUGGC